GUCGUCUACAUGCACGCCCUCAAGUUCCCCUUCUUCACCGACUUUGCCGUGCCGGAGAAGUACGGGCUCGCGCCGUUCCAAACCGCGAACGUGUACAUCCCGACGGCCGACAACGAGACCCUCGGCGCGUGGUUCACGCUCGCCGACACCUUCUACGCCGCCCGCGCGCCCACCGCGCCCCCGGACGACGCGACGCUCCGCGCGGCCCUCGCCGCGCACCCGACGGUGCUCUUCUUCCACGGCAACGCCGCAACGCGCGCGUUCCACCGGCGCGUGCAGCACUACACAACCUACGCCUCGCGCCUCGGCGCGAACGUGCUCGCGCUCGACUACCGCGGCUUCGGCGACUCGAGCGGCGCGCCGAGCGAGGCGGGGCUCGCGCUCGACGCGCGCGCAGCGUGGGACUGGCUCGUGCGGCGCGGCGGGGCGCGCGCGGGGGACGUGCUGGUGGUGGGGAACAGCCUCGGGACGGCGGUCGCGGCGGGCUUGGUGCGCGAGCUCGAGCUCGAGCUCGAGCUGGAGGGCGCGGGGGCGCAGGGCAGCAGGGGCCUUGUGCUGCUCGCGCCGUUUGCGAGCGUCGAGGCGCUGAUGGACACGUAUGCGGUGUUCGGGCUCGUCCCGCUGCUCGCGCCGCUGAAGACCCUGCCGUACGUCCCCGUGCUGUUCAAGCGGCUGCUGAGGCACCGAUUCGACACGCUCUCAAAGGUCGCGGGCCUGCGCACGCCGGUGCUGCUCGUGCACGCGCAAGACGACUGGGACAUCCCGCACGCGCACUCCGCCGCGCUCUUCGCCGCGAUGCUCGAGCCGCACCUGCCUGCGCUGCCGCUCGACGCGGCAGCCACGGCCGCCACGGCGGCGAACGCGGCGGUGUACCGGGCGCGCGCGGACGCGCGGGCGGCGCUGGUGACGCGGACGGAGGUGCCGCGGCUGGGGGUGAUGGAGGCGUUCGUGCAUGGGGGCAGCGACGUCGUGUUUCUGGAGACGCGGUGGGGCGGGCACGAUACGGUGGGGCUGCUCGGGGGCGUGCAGGAGGUGAUGCGGGCUAGAUACGAUAUGCGGUGAACCUUCCUGGUCUGUCUAUCUAGGCAGCGGGGUUCAUCUAACUUGUGUCGCGACGUCGUGCACGAGUGCAUGACCGGUCGCGACCUCCGCGGAAAUUCGGCGUGGAUGCCGUGCUCUCCGCAAGUUGUCGCUUUGCUUUCCGCUCCUUCGACUAAGUAUGUACUGACCCGUUUAUCCCACGUUUGUGCAAUAGCCCUUCGAGUG